AGUAGGUCAUUGAUUUGGAUAGUCUCACAUCUGUGUUUAUCCUAAGUUUCAGGGCCUGAGGUAGAAGUAUUGGGAUGUUUUUAAGAAUCUUGUAUAUUUUUGUGGUGAUCUUUUAGACUAUGGGUGAAGAACAUCCAACCCAAGGGCAGUUCAAGAUCAGUGAAAUCAGUUGGUAUGGCCCUGCCAAGGUAAGUGCAGGUGAUGAUGAGUUAGGUACAACAGUCUCCUGCUACUUUAAUUUUAAAUGUGCUCAUUUUGAAUGGCUCUCAAAUGAUGAUAUAAAUAUCCAAAGAGUCCUUGCACCCUCUCCCUCCAAAAAAGGUUGCUCAUCCUUGCUUUAGACAUUUAGACAUGCUCAGUCCUUGCAUUUAGACAGAGGCCUUCAUUUACACAUUGGUUGGCCCAUGAUUUUUCCAUUUGAUGGCUGGUUGAAACAUAUCCAUUGGUCGAACGAUUCAUUUGAAAAGCUAGUUUAUCACCUCCUCACUCAUUGGGUUUUGCCCAUCUACUUCCCCAAACUAAAUGCAGACCCCUCUUUGGGAGGCUGUGCAAGUAACUCCCUUAGUUCUUCACUCCUCUUUAGAGGGGCACAUUAUUGAGAUUUGUGUUUUACUCUUUGUCCUCUCAAUACUAGCUACAGUCACAAUCUGGAUUUCUUGUGACAGUUUUCAACUUUCUCAGAGUUCAAGGGUUGAAAGAUCAUUCUGGCUGUUGAUGAUUAAACGGAACCUGCCCAUGGGUUUUGGUCUUACUGGAACCCAUGGGUCUGUGUGGGAUGAUUCUUGGGUGUUCCAGAGUUAGCCUGUAGAGCUGGGUGUUACCCGUUUAUACCUAUUACAAGCUUAAUAUAUACGGGGAAAAAAAGACUAAUAAAUAGUGUCCAAACCACCCUGAUGUUUGGUAUAGAUGUUCGGAAAACGGAACUUUCCUUAAAAGGAAAAGAAAUUGACUUCCCUCCUAACUAGAGGUUCAGGGGAAUUCUGGGGCCACUUCAGAAAAUCCCUCCGUUCUUGCCUUUAGGCUGAGGGGAGACUUUUUGUUUACGAGUCUGUCGUUUCCUGGAGGAAGAGAUUUGAGAUUUUGCAGUACAAAAAAUAAAAUCUUAUGUGCAUUUCCUCGCAUACCUUACAUCCUAAUAAAGGUAGCUGAUGUCCACAUUCGGGGUAAUUUUCCUUAAGGGGAGAAUUCUUAAUAUUUAGAAACCGAAUUGUGAGCAGACUUUCAGUGGGGAGAUGGGUUGUGUUCAUCGUAGUUAGACUACGAUUCCCAGAGACCUUUGCGGCCCCUCCCGACUACCGUAGUCUGCCGACCCUCUACGUCCAUGACUUUCCGUUUAGAAGCCGGAUGUUGAUAUGGCCCACACCCAGAGGAUGCGGCCUUGCGGCGCGCCGGAAACUUGGGGAUUUUCUAUUGGUUCAAUGACGGUAGGUGUGGAGCGGGGGGAAAGAGCCUCAGCUAGGAAGCCUUUCCCCGCCCCCCUCAGGACACCAACCAAUCAGCGGUGAAAUCCGACUCUGGCGGGAAACGGGAAGCUCCCAGCUGAGAGGAAUUGGCGCGAGCUGCGCAGAGAGCUUGCGAGCUGUGUGGCGGGAGUAACUGAGUUGAGCUGAUUCUUACGUGAGGAGAGCCUUGAGUGAAUUGCCACCAUGCCCAGCACCAGAUCCCAAUCGCAGGCCACUAUUGACUUUCCCAAGAAGAAAACGUGCAAGACCUCCAGCAGAGGAAAAAUCCGGGGAGAUAUCCGGUCGCCGAAUGUGCCGACCCCCACCAAGGUUAAAAUCCUGCCUCUCAGUCCCAGGAAGCGGCUAGGAGAUGACAACUUAUGCAAUACUCCCCAUGUGCUCACCUGUUCACCUUCAAAACAGAGUAAGAAAGAGAAUGGUCCUGUUCUUCCACUUGCCUUGAAGAAGCGUGGACUAGUAUUUGACAAUCAGUUGAAAAGUAGUUCUCCCAGCAAAAGUGAUCCAGUAGUCAAGGAACUUUCUCCAGUUCAAAAAGGUCAAGGGACAUCAAGGAAUUCUAAACACAGUUGCCCAGUAGAGAAAGAAUCUGUGUGUGUUGGGCUAUUCAAGCAAGAAGGCACUUGUUACCAACAAGCAAAGCUGGUCCUGAAUACAGCUGUCCCAGAUAGGCUGCCUGCCAGGGAGAAAGAGAUGGAUGUCAUCAGGCAUUUCCUAAAGGAACACAUCAGUGGGAAAAAAGCUGGGAGCCUUUAUGUUUCUGGUGCUCCUGGAACUGGCAAAACAGCAUGCUUAAAUCGGAUUCUGCAGGAUGUUAAGGAAGAGCUGAAAGAUAUUAAAAUUGUAAUGCUAAAUUGCAUGUCCUUGAGGACCUCCCAGGCUGUAUUCCCAGCUAUUGCUCAGGAGAUCUGUCAGGAAAGAGUAUCCAAGUCAUCUGGGAAAGACUUGAUGAGGAAAUUGGAAAAGUAUAUGACUUCAGAGAAUACCUCCAUGAUCUUAUUGGUGUUGGAUGAAAUGGAUCAGUUGGACAGCAAAGGACAGGAUGUGUUGUACACACUGUUUGAAUGGCCUUGGCUGAAGAAUUCCCGAUUGGUGUUGAUUGGUAUUGCUAAUUCUUUGGAUCUUACUGAUAGAAUCCUGCCUAGACUUCAAGCUAAAGCAAAGUGCAGGCCACAGCUGGUGAACUUUCCACCUUACACCAAAGAACAGAUAGCUACCAUCUUAGAGGACCGACUUAAGCAGGUAUCCAGUGAUCAGGUCCUGGACAAUGCUGCAAUUCAGUUCUGUGCUAGAAAAAUCUCUGCUGUGUCAGGAGAUGCUCGCAAAGCACUAGAUGUUUGCAGGAGAGCUGUUGAAAUUGUAGAGUCAGAUGUCAGAAACCAGACUGUCCUCAAACCACUGUCUGAAUGUAAAUCUUCGAAGUCAUCAUCCCAGUCUCCAGUUCCCAAGCGAGUUGGUCUUAUUCAUAUAUCCCAGGUCAUCUCAGAUACUUAUGGCAGCAGAAUGGCCUUGAGCCAAGAAGGAGCUCAGGAUUCCUUUCCUCUUCAACAGAAGAUUCUGGUUUGUUCUCUGUUGCUCUUGACCAGACAGCUGAAAGCCAAAGAGGUCACCCUGGGGAAGUUAUACGAAGCCUAUAGCAAAGUCUGUCGAAAACAGCAGGUGGCAGCAGUGGACCAGUCAGAGUGUUUGUCACUUUCAGGACUUUUGGAGACCAGGGGCAUUUUAGGAUUGAAGAAAAGCAAGGAAAUCCGACUCACAAAGGUGUUUCUGAAGAUUGAAGAAAAGGAGAUGGAACAUGCACUGAAGGACAGAAUUUUAAUUGGGACCAUUUUAGCUAAUGGAUUGCCUUAAAUUCUUCUGGUCUUUUACCUUGGGUGUCUCGCCUCAAAAGGACCUCACAACUGUGGUGAUGCACUCUAUUCUCUAGUCCGAGAAAAGUGACCUGUUUUUACUUGAACUAAAUUAAUUUAUAUUCAUAAGAGAUGUGCAGUCAUGACUGUAGAACAAACAUCUUUAAGUCCUUUUAUUUUGAUUCAUCAAGGUUAAAAAGAAAACAAGCAUGUGACUGAGAGGUGCUAUCUCAGCUCUUGUGUAUCUUUAUCCCACUUAUCUUACAAAGUAAAGAUUCAUCAAACACCUGAGGGUCUGUAUGAGAACUGUGGGGACUGGUAUGACCAGAACAACAGAAGUCCAUCCAGAAAGCCUACCUGUUAAUGUUGAAUUGGAGGAAGCAUUGGUCAAAGCCUCUUGUUCUUUUUGAAGUGCUGCUUUGUUCACAUUUUAUGGAGAUUGUCAUUCUUUGUGCUACUUAAGACCCAUUCAUAUUGUUGGGCAGUUCCAAGGUUUGAGAGAAAGAAUGUUUAAAGUCUGUAUUAUAGGGAUAUAUUUAUUGAAUUGUAUAAUCUUAGUUGUGUGGUGUUUUUGUUUUUAAGCAGUUGUGUGUCUAAUGUUCAAGUUUCUUGGAUUGAUAACUGAAUAUCCUACUAUUCAAUCCCUCUCUCAGGCACCAAAAGCUAUUUGCUUUAUUCCAGCUUAAUGUGAAUUUAUAUUUCACUUUAAGCCACCUCUUUUUCCUCUCACUUGAAAUCCUUCCCUAUGGUUUUUUAAUGUUUGUUUCUUCCCUCUUUUGAGUUUGGUUUUCAGUCAACUACUAAAAUUUCUGAGCCAAAGUAUCAUCUGUACACCAGAGGGCGCCAUAAUAACACUGUUGGGGCUUGAAAGGUGGGCUUUUUGAGAGUAAAUGUGUCCUAGAA